GCGCGUUGACUGGCCCACGCGCACGCCAAAUCUGCGUUUCGCGAUACAAAUUCGCACUAAUGCAAACAGCUUCCCAUUUACAAACAAAAUCCUUUUAUAGUCGCAAAGCUCGGUCGCUCUAUAAAUAACGCCAACCGGUGGGCCGAUGUGCUCUAGCGAGUUCGCGAAAUCUGUGCAUAUGUUCUUAUGUUAUAAACUUGAGAUAUUGGACUAUUUUAACAACUCUGAACCGAAUAAGGAGAGCUGACCGCUAGGCGUGCGUCUUGGAAGUGUAUGAACACGGAGUAGUCGUGAAGUGCUCUACUUGGUCGCGAGAGCCGGUUUUAAUGGUGUCAAGUGUUCAUUAAGAUGAAGACGGCAAUUUAAUCGGUCACUUGGAACAAUGUGUACCACAACUAGUUAAUUGUAACUAACUGUAGUAAACGGAAGAUUGGUAACUCCAUAAAAAUUAGGAACGGGACUGAACUGUGUUCAAACAUCGUGUGUGCAAAGAUUUAGUCAGUGAAUGCAACGGACUUGAUAAGUGUGAGUUUGUUGAAGUUCUAUGAGGAUAUAAAAUGUACUACAGUGGGAGAUUGGACAGCAGCAGCACCUCAUCGGGUAGUUCUGAUUUGAGGGUGGCCGGUGCCGUGGAGCUGAGCGAGUCCGCCAAUACCGCGCAGAUAUUGGCGCAAGUACAAAACUCUGACAGAGCCCGUUUCUCGGACACGAGCUGGCAAAUCCAUCGCACGUGGAUGCGCAAUGGCGACCCACUACCCUUGUCGCCAACCCCUUCGCGCUCGCUGCCCGCUCCGCUUAAUGCUCCGCCGCCCGCGCCGUCAGCGUCCGUCACCUUACGCUCCGAACAAAACGGCAUCUACGACACCAUUACGAGCCGAGCCGUGAGUGCGCCCGCCACGCCGGCUUCAACCACAUUUUCGAGAGAACAGGGUGGAUCCCGUUCAGCCAGCUACCCGACCGGACCUGGCAGUAGGCUGGAUCUGUGCUAUGUGGCGGAGCGAAUGCUGGCACUGCACCUGCCCGAGAGAGAUGCACACGCAGAGGCUCAGGCCGCGCAUAUGCUCACCAAUAAGCAUGGAGAACAUUUCAUGGUGUUCGAGGUGAGCGGCGGUGACAGCGCGGGCGGUGUCGGGGCGGCGCGCAGUGUCUUCGGGCGCGCUCGGUCACUCGGGUGGGCCGGAGAUUUGGCACCUCCUCUCGAACGUCUGUGUGCGGCCUGCAAGCACAUCGAAAGCUGGCUUGCAGCGCAUCCGAAGAACGUCGCUAUAUUACUCGCAUGGGGCAAUCGUGAGCGGCUAGGAGUGUUAGUGGCGGCGUACAUGCAUUACUCGGCAAUAUGUGGUGCGCCGGAGCAUGCACUCGACAGAUACGCCAUGCGGAGAUACCUGGACGACCGGGUACCCGUGUUCCAGUUGCCCAGCAAUAAACGCUACAUCGACACGUUUGCUGGUCUGCUGGCUGGUCAGAUCCGAGUGAACGCGGCACCGCUGCAUCUGACGCACGUGAGCGUGGCCGGCUCGCUGGCGUCUCCCGCCACGCCCACCAUCGCCUUCCUCAAGAUAUACGAGAACUUCGUCUGCGUUUACACAUCAGGACUAUACAUGGUGAACGGCGGCGGCUGGACAGUAGGAGUCGGUCGACUGGCGCUCCGCGGCGACGUGGUGGUGCGCGCGUACCGGCGCUCGGCGCAGGCGCAGGCGCGGCCGGCGCAGCGCCGCCUCGUGUUCGCGUGUCAGUUCCACACGUGCGCCGUGGCUGACCACACGCUCUCCUUCACUAAGCAGCAGCUCGAUCAUGCUGUGCACGAUCCAUCAUUCCCGAGUGACGGUGCUGUGGAGCUGGUGUUCCUCCGGGGUGAAGGUGGCGGGGGCGCAGCACCAGCGCCCACCCCCGCCGCCCCCCUCCGCGCAGCACCCGACGCUCUCGCCCGCGCAGACUCGUUGGAGCAUCUGCGACCACUAUCCACGCUCACCGAUGACGAUCCUGGUGACAACAACGGCAGCGCUGAAGGGUCUGGCUCGGGAGGUGAGACGGGCGACGGGAACGAAGCGGCGCACACGUUUGGACCCCUCGACGGGUCCAUCUACGCCACGGUGGUGCGCGCCGGCGGCGGCGGGCCGUCCUCGCCGCUCAGCGCCUCCAUGGACUCGGGCAUCUCCUCGGCGGGGCGGCGCGCGGCCCCCAGCCCGCCCGACGAGCUCGACGCGCUCCUGGGCGACAUGCUGCGCACGGUGAGCGCGCUGCCAGACCCGCCGCCGGUGCCGCACACGCCGCAGUCGCACGCCGACCGACCGCCAGACAUACCGUACCACGCGCGCGCAGACUCCGCGCCCUUCACCUACGGAGCGCCCGGCCUGCAACCAGGCAUGCUGCGCGCGCCCAACCGCCUCGCCAGCCCCGAGCUGGUGCGCCGAGCGUUGGGGGGUGACCGGAAUUACCGCCCCAUAGAGGACGACGAUGACGAACGCACAGUUACCCCGGAUCCUUCUUCCCCACGCACGCCACUGUCACCGCGCACCCUCAGGAAGCUCACACAUGAAGACGUCACCACCACCACUACUGCAGCACCGCCACCGGCCUCUCCCAUACGAAAUGGCAGCAGAUGGUUGAACGGCGAAGUAGAAUGGGCUGAGCGGCCCGCCAGUGCAGCAGCAACUCUACGGAAAACACCACCCGAGAAUGGAACAUGGCGAUCAGCGAGUACUCUGGGCUGGCACGAAAGUUCUCGAGCUCGGGAGCCGCGUCGCUCAGAGACCGGGGUCGAAGGCAGUGCAGGCCUCACAUGGCUUCAGCGACAGCAGCAGAAGUUACGUGAGAGGAAAGAGGCAAGGGAAAGAGUCGCUCGACUACCGCUCGAGUGGGAUACUGCUUCCUCCCGACAAGUGCGCCGCUCUGCUAGCCACCGAGUGGAUGGCUACACGAGUGACACGACGGCAUUCGCUGACGAUGAUGAAGACUUCAGCGUUCCUCUUCACGUAAACACGCGCACUCCUCUCAGAAAUGAUCACGUCAGUCCUCAAGCUCCAGACAGAACCUCAUCUAGAAAGUUUAUGUACGAAAAGAUGACCCUGCGCGAGUGGAGUGCGACCAGUACACCAAAUAGCACUCCCGCGCCUGGAUUACUGUCGCUAGCGGAGCCCCCUAACAACGAUACUGUCGAUCGUGCCGAAAGCUGGUCUCGCGCUGAAUCCCGUACGGAAUCCCGGGCAGGCACUCCAGCAUUCCCAACACACCCGCGUACGCCGUACCCUCCAACGCCGACGCCGUCGCUCUCCGCCCGCCCGCCACGGUCUCCCUCCGUUACCAGGUACAAUACGUUUGACCUGGAGGACAUAAGAAAAGAACGUGAAGUAAGCCCCGAGUCGGAGUACCGCAUAUACAACGGCAGCAGUGGGUCCCGUCGGUCCAGCGUCAGCGGGACUGCUGAGCCACAGCACGUGGCUCCCGACAGAGUGCGAUUCGCGAGGGAUACCAGCCACUAUUGGUACAAGCCCAACAUUUCCAGAGAUGAUGCGGUAUCAGCGCUACUACAACUAGAGGAGGGCGCGUUCAUCGUCCGCGACUCGAACUCGUUCCCUGGUGCAUUCGGGCUGGCAGUCCGUGCGGGAGGGGCGGGCGGUGUGAGACACUUCCUCAUUGAGCCUACUGCACGCGGAGUGCGCCUGCGCGGCUGCCCUGAUGAGCCAGUCUUCAGCUCACUCUCUGCACUCGUCUAUCAGCAUACUGUCACACCUUUGGCGUUGCCCGUGCCACUAAGAUUGCCUGACAGAGAUCCAUGGACAGGCGGUAGCGCGAACGCAGCAGCGCGAGCAUUACUUGCGACGGGUGCAGCGUGUCACGUCUUGUUACUCGGCUCUGAAAACACCGAGGCGCUGACCGGUCCAGCUGCAGUCAAGAGGGCUGUCACCCAUAUACUGUCUAAAAAGGGCCCAGCACAUGUGGUGCACUUCAAAGUGUUUGGCGGCGGCAUCACACUGACUGACGCGGCACGCAAGCUGUUCUUCCGCCGUCAUUACCCUGCCACCGGCGUGUCGUACGCGGGACUUGAUCCCGACGAGCGGAGAUAUACACACACCGAUAAUAAUACGCAGCUUGAAAAACGAAUAUUCGCUUUCGUGGCUCGUGCGUCUUCGGGUGCCGACAACCAGUGCCACGUGUUCGCCGAGCUGGAGCCCGAGCAACCCGCUACUGCCAUCGUUAACUUUGUUAACAAGGCUCUAUUGGGAAGCUCGCAGAAAAAGGACAUCAUCUAAAUGAAAUGACGAAAUAAUAACCAUUGGCGUUACUGAAAUACUCAUAAAAUGAUGUGUAUAACACAAAAGUUAGAAUGAAGUUAUGAGAUGGAGUCGUCAUUUGUUAAAGAUACGUGUUUUAUUUAUGUCUGUCACAUUCUAUAUUACUGUAAAAUUCGAUAGGGAACUUGGUUAACAGUUUUAUUUCCGAAGUUUAUUCUCCACGAUACGCUUCAUCUCACCAAGUACAAUUAACCAUAAAAUGUGUGUUAGCGAGAACUACAUACAUAAUAUAAAUAUAAAUUAUAACUUAGCUUAGGGAAGGAACUAACUAGUCUCAUAUUAUUUAAUAUAGAGUAGUGAUAUUACGUGUGCCUAAUGAAUAUUAGAUUAUUGAAACUAAAUCCAGUGCAUGCUAUGAUGAUGUCCCACCACAAGUGAUUAACAACUUCAAUUAACAAGGACAAGUUAUCAGCAAUGUUACAACUACGAACGAUUGCAUUGUAACCAGUACAACGAAAUGAAAUCAUAAUAUUAUUAUAGUACAAGGCUUGUAUGAAUUCAGAUAAUAUUUCACCAGCGGGCCACUGCCACGCAUACAAACAAAAAUCGAAUGCAGCUUUAAUACAUCUAAAUGAGUUUUAUCAUUCAUGCAUUAAAAAUAGCUUUUAUUAAUUGUAAGAAAAAUCAUUGCCUUAAUGUUUAAUGCUGAGAUAUUAAAAUUGUUGGCUUCUUGGUUAGAAUUUAAACCAUUUACAUUGAAUAGAUGUAAUGACAUCUGAACAAGCUAAAGCUGAAGAAAUGCCUUUACUUUGAACUUGAAGUAGGUACCUACUAAAGAUUCGUCAUUGUUCGCAGUUCAUGACGCUUCAACAUUGUAACACAUUUUAUUAUAAUAAUAACUGUUGUAAAAUGUAUUUAUUGGGUAAUAAUAUACUCAUGGAAGUAA